AAAUGACAUCAUUGUAUAAGUUGUUCUCCAUCAUCCUCUCAGAGCUGCAGGUAAAGGUGAUUCCUGCCACAGAGGGACAGACAGUAACACUGAUGUGCAGCAGCAGCUGUCCUCUGACUGAAAAGCCUGCAGCCUACAUCUGGUACAAGAACAGAGAGUUUCUCUAUGAGGACUGGUCUCCCUGGUACCAAGAGCUGCUCAGCAGUGAGGAAGCAGUCACAUACUCCUGUGCUGUCAAAGGCUACGAGCAUCUCAGAGCCCCUCAAGUCUCUGUGGAUUCCAUCACACAGACAUGCUUCAGUCUCUCUUAUGCUUAUGGAAACAUGUGUUCUUAUAAACAGACAUUAGUGGAUGAGCCGUGCUCCAUCACCUACCCCAGAGAGGUUCAUGUUCAAAGAGCUUCUUCCAUCUCAGAGUUUGUCACACUGACCUGUAACACCAGCUGUAACCUGACUGAUGAUCAAACUGUUUUCAUGUGGUAUCACAACAAACAAAAUCAUCAUGAGAAUCAACAUUAUUCAACUCAAAAAUCUUCAACAGGCACAUUCUCUUGUACAGUUAAAGGCUCACAAACAUCUCCAAUCUAAGGAAGUUUGUGUUCAGGAUAAAAACUGCUGGAGAGUGAAUUAUGUCAGCAGGAGAAUCUGUGCUCUGGAAGGAUCUUCAGUCAACAUCACAAGUGAAUACUCACAUCCUGAUAACAUGAAGCCAGAGUUUAAAUGUUGGAGUAAAAAAUGGAGAAAAGAUAAAGUGGAAGUUGAAGAGCUGAUUGAGGCUGCAGGUCGUGUGGAGUAUCAGGACAACAUGAAGAACCAACACAUCCUGACCAUCAACAACCUGAAGAAGAAUGACUCAGGAGGAUACACAUUCAGAUUCAAGAGAGAUCAUAAAAGAUGGACACAGUCUGAUCUGCCUGGAGUCUUUUUGAUUGUCACAGAGCUGGGAGUGAAGAUGAGUCCUUCUGCAGUGGUGACAGAGGGUCAGAGAGUCACACUGACCUGCAGUACCAGCUGUCCUCUGACUGACAACACAAACUACAUUUGGUACUUGAACAGUCGACCUCUGACCCCGAGAGAGAACCAGAACAAACAUCUGAUCCUAGACCCAGUCAGCAGGGAGGAUGCAGGAAGCUACUCCUGUGCUGUGAAAAGCAACAAAGAUAUCAGCUCUGCUCCAAAGACUCUCACUGUCCAAAGUAUCACAGGAAGGACACGAGGAGUUUCUGUAAUAGUUCUGGUUUCAAUACUUCUCUUUUUCUUCUUUUUGAUUAGAAAAAAGAGGACUACGAGUCAGUCUUCCACAAACGAAACAUCAAACAACAUAGUGGAGCUAAAUCCUGAUCCUGCGUGUGAAGACGUCUUAGCUCAGCCACAGGCGGAGGAUGAAGUCCUCUACAGCAAAGUUCACUUCUUCAAAAACCACACAGAUCCUCUUUUUUCCACCAUAGAGCCACUUCAGCCAAGAGAAGAGCAGCAUGCUGAUUACGCUGCUGUGAAGUUUAGACAUGAAACGAGCUCUGAUGGAGAAUCUGUUGUCAUUUCAACAGAAACAGAUGACACUUAAAGACCUGCAGACGUACACUGCGGCGAACAAGCCUUUUAACAAACCUCUGCACCUCUCAUUUAAAUUUUUGUGUGUUGUACUUGAAUCUAUAUUUCACAUUUAUACUUUUUUUUUCUGUAUUCAACAUAACUAGAUUAGCCAGUUUGAUUGGCUUUGUAUGUUACUCGUGUUAAUGUAAUAAUUCAUGGUCAUGUAAAAAAAAAAAAAAUCAUAGUAAAAGUUAAUCUGCCUUUUGUCUCCCUCUUCUGACAUUGAGAGCAAUUACACACAAUGAGAGGGUGUAAAAACAAUAUAGCUCCAAGAAAGAAGGGAUACAACAGCUGUAAUGUUUGCUGUGGGGAUGCCCCUCGUGUGUAUAGAUGUGCUGUUAUAGCAGAGGACACUGACAUGUUUGCGAAUCUCCCUGCAUUAUAGCCCGUGAUAUUGUCACAAUGCAAAAUUGCAGAAUUCAUUCAGAGCUAUAUAUUAAACACAUUUGUAUAGUUUUACAUUUGUUGAUUUUAGAUAGUCUAGUUUUGAUGUGAAGCAUUUUUACGAUUUUAGAUGUUUGAGUU